AUGGCGCAGUGGGAGCGGAAAGUGCGGGCUGCGUCCAGCCUGGAUGAGCUGCUGAAGCUGGCAGACUUUCCUGACUGGAAGCUGUGGAAGUGUCGUCUGACUGGCAGCAGCCAGAGGCCCCAACUGAUGCCCAGUUCUCCCCCUUCCUCAGCAGGCUCGCACCGUUCAACACUCUACGCUGCUGAGUCUUACAGUCUGGAGAUUCUCAAAGCCAUAGAUGAAGAGUGGCAGAGGACUCAGUGCAUGCCCAGGGAGACCUGUGUUGAUGUGGCCAAAGAACUGGGCACGGAUCCUGCCAUGUUUUUCAAGCCGCCGUGCGUGUUGAUUCACAGGUGUGGUGGCUGCUGCCAUCAAGAAGGCGUCACCUGCAGAAACACAACCACCACAUAUGUAAAUAAAACACUCUUAAGUGUGAUUCCAUUCAAGUUUGUUCCAGAGCCUGUGCUUAUAAAAGUGGCAAAUCACACAGAAUGUCAGUGCACGGAGCCUGCCAUCAUACGACGCAACGCUCAUGCUCACAGGAACAGUGGCUGCUCUCCGAUGGGCCAGCUGUCAGAGGCUGAGGACACGAGGAGACUUUGUGCCACUGGGCUGAUCUGGGACUGCUCCACAGAUGAAUGCAUCCCGUAUCCAUCUAGUAAACCAGAGUUCCCGCUCAGUUCAUGGUUUCCUGACUGUGAGAUUGACGUGGAGCGCUGCGACUGUCUUCCCCGAUUUGAACCUUCUCUGCAACCCCGACAGAUGCAUCACUGUCACCUCAACUCCACCGUCUGUGCUGCAAAGCAUCGACGUUUCGAUUAUGCUUCCUGCAGGUGCAAGCCGCCAAACUAGCAGUCCACCGCGGGAAGGAACGACGACAAUCUGCUUCCCAGACACAUACGGAGACGGAGAAAAAAAAAGAGUUCAUAAUUUAUUUACUGUACUAUUUAUGUCAG